GUGGCUGGGAGGAAAACAUUGGGUUCAGGGGUCCCCUGGGAGCCCCUGGUGUGCUGGGGGGCAGCAGCAUUUGGGGCAGGGUUUUGGGGCAGGCAGCAGAAUUGUCCCGUUUCCUCUGUGCCUGGGGCACUUUGCUCUGGACUGAUGGCUGCAGUGGCCUUCCUGGAGCUGCAGCUGGGCUGGUCAAUGCCCUGAGCUCUCAGUCGCACAGUCCUUCCGGGUGAAGGUACUGGGUCAUUCUGAGACCUUGGCUGCACCAGCCCGUGGCACCUGUUGCCUUCCCCUCAAGUGCAUGCCCCUAACUCAUCACAGGGCUCAGGCUGCUCCAAAAUGUGCUCUUAGUUGAUUGCUUUGAUGUGGAGUUUCUUGUACCUUUACUGACCCUCCAGCCCUCUCAAAGCCGCACCUGUGGCCUGUGGAUGAUCACACCUUGUGUCAUCUCAUUGGUCAGAAUGACAUCCACAUCCAGUGGUCCCCAGCAGCCCAGGUCAGUGGCACCUCUGUAGCUCUGAGCUAUGGAAACCUGUCAUGUAUAUUGUUUUCUUUUCUAAGGCACCCAAAAAGAAAGGUGGCAAAAAAGCCAAGGGGGGCAAAGCUGCAGCGGUGGUGGAUGCUAUCCCCCCGGAGGACAUGAACAAGGAUCAGCUGGAGGAGCACAUUGUGCGUCUCCGGGAGGAGCUGGACCGCGAACGGGAGGAGCGCAACUACUUCCAGCUGGAGCGUGACAAGAUCCACACCUUCUGGGAGAUCACCCGUCGGCAGCUGGAUGAGAAGAAGGCAGAGCUGCGCAACAAGGACCGAGAGAUGGAGGAGGCCGAGGAGCGGCAUCAAGUGGAGAUUAAAGUUUACAAGCAGAAGGUGAAGCACCUGUUGUAUGAGCACCAGAACAACAUCACAGAACUGAAGGCAGAGGGCAGCGUGUCCAUGAAGCUGGCCCAGAAGGAGCACCGCACCCAGGAGACGGAGCUGCGCAAGGAUAUGCGCACCUUGAAAGUGGAGCUAAAGGAGCAGGAGCUGGCCAACGAGGUGGUAGUGAAAAAUCUGCGCAUGAAACAAGAGGAGGAGAUCACACGGCUGCGCAGCGACUUUGAGAGACAAGUGAAAGAAAUUGAGGCCAAAUACGACAAGAAGAUGCGCGUGCUGCGGGACGAGCUGGAUCUGCGGAGGAAAACGGAGAUCCACGAGAUCGAGGAGAGGAAAAAUGGACAGAUCAACACACUGAUGAAGAACCACGAGAAGGCCUUCAGUGACAUCAAGAACUACUACAACGAUGUCACCCUCAACAACCUGGCACUCAUCAACACUCUCAAGGAGCAGAUGGAGGAGAUGAAGAAGAAGGAGGAUCAUCUGGAGAAGGAGAUGGCGGAAGUGCUGCUUCAGAACAAGAGGCAGACAGAGCCCCUGCAGCGGGCCCGGGAGGAGGUGGCCGAGCUGCAGAAGAAGCUAGCCCACUACGAGAAGGACAAGGAGGCACUGGCUAACACAAAGGCCCGUUUGAAAGUCACCCAGAAGGAAUUAAAAGACCUUCAGUGGGAACAUGAAGUGCUGGAGCAGAGGUUCAGCAAGGUGCAGGCAGAACGAGACGAGCUCUAUCAGAAGUUCACCAAAGCUAUUAGUGAGGUGCAGCAGAAGACUGGCUUCAAGAACCUGCUCCUGGAGCGCAAGUUGAAGGGCCUCUCCAACAUACUGGAGAAGAAGGAGGUGCAGCUUAAUGAAAUCCUCUCAGCCUCCAAUCUUGACCCCAGCGCCCUCACCAUGGUCACACGCAAACUGGAGGACGUGCUGGAUUCCAAGAACAACACCAUCAAGGAUCUCCAGUACGAACUGGCCCGAGUCUGCAAGGCACACAACGACUUGCUGCGCACCUAUGAGGCCAAGCUCACAGCCUUCGGGAUCCCCCUGGACAACGUGGGCUUCAAACCACUGGAGACCACAGUGAUGGGACAGCUGCUGGGGCAGGGCCCAGCCGGACUCGUUGCUACCCCCACCUAACACUGCUGGGCACGUGCUUGUCCAUCCCCUCUCAGGUUACACUAAAUAUUGUCAGCAGCCUCACCAUGUGCUCCUGUCCCAGCACCGCAGGGAGUGGGCUGGGCUGUCCCAGGCAGAGAGCAGGGCUGUUUGGUGGCUCUGCCUCAUUAAACAGACCCCAGAAAGGUUUUUAAGCAGGCUCCAAAGAAACCGUUUUUUGCUUCCCAGGGCAGGGCAGGGCCGGGCCUCAGCGUGGAAGGAGACCUCUCACAGCCCAGUGUUCCCUUGCCUAGAGAACGUGCCAGCCAGAGCCAGCUGGUAGCUGGCCCCUGGGUACCGCAGCACUAUAAGCAGAGGAGUGUCACCACUCCAGACCCACACCCAUGGCAUCCACAUGCAGCCUGUUCUCAGCCAGUCCUGCACCCAUAGGCCUCCCAGCUGGGCAGGGACUGGAACCCAGAGGCCUGCAUGGGUCUCCUCCAUAUGCCAACAGCUCUCGGCCUCAGGAAGAAGGAUGAGCCCUGCUGGCUCUGGAGGGACUGCGCUCACCAGCAGGGAGAACUGGGCCUCUGAGCAGCAGAGCCAUGCUGCCCUUCCUAGAGCAGAGCUAUCCAUCUCCGUGGCUGUUUUACCACUCGGAUCCACAGAGCUCGCUAACGAGCGGCUGAGUGCAUCAGGCUAAGGCAAGUGCUGCUGCAAGAACCCUUUAAUAGCACAGCCCAUCCUGAGCCCUCCCUCGCGUCACUUCCUCCAGCCCAUCUCUGGAGCCAAGGCCAGGCCGGCAGGGGGUGGGGGGGCUAGUCCCUGCGCCAUGCCGACCUGCUCUCCCUUGUGCUCUAGCUCCCCUUGUAGGUGGUAUAGGAGAAGGGACUGAUCAGCAGAGGGAUGUGCAGCUUCCAGGUUCGCUCUGUGACUGUGAAGACAACCUGGCAGAGACAAGGGAGAAGCCGGUUACGUGUGUGACAAAGCAUGUGCUGGCUGGGGAGAGCCUCAGCCCCACAGCAGUUUGAUCUGUCUGCAGACGGUCCCUAAGGCAAUGUCGGAGCAGCGCCAGGGCGGGAGGAAAUGCAACCCUUUCCCGUUGACACUGAGCAGCUCCAGGGCUGCUGCGGUUUGCUGGGGACAGAGCUGCAGAUCAGCUGUGUAAAGUGCAUCUGUGCUGCACUGAGCCCUAGUCACUCUGAGAUGGCAAAGGCCAUGGCUGGGGAGCAGGGAGAUGGGGCCAGAGUCUGCUCCUGUACGCUGCUGUAAGCUGCUGCCCUGCUCGGCCACAAGGCAGAGUUUACGGUGGAGUAUCAACGAAUUUGAGCCUUGGGCUCCAGUGCAUUUGUAGCGUCUGUGGUAACUUCCCCUGACUUAGCAGAAGAUUCUGGAGAGGCAGUCACAGAGCAACCCACGUCCUGGGCUUCAGACACUCCAUGUGCUCACUGCCCCCUGGGUCUGCAUGUGCUAGCAGACAGGGCUUUGUAGACAGGGCUGAUUCUCCUCGCUCCUGCUUUAACCCAGGUGAGAGAGGAAUUGGGCCCAGGCAUGCUCCCGGUUAGUAGAUUUACCUCCACAUAGGGGUAGAAGCUAGUGUACCCCAGCCACUGCCAGUAAGCCCCAGUGUCGAAGUGCAGCUUGUAUGUGCCAGCCUUCACCUGCUCAGGAGCCGGGAAGAGCAGGCAGCGCCCAUCCACGUUGGUAGAGCUGAAAUCAAAACAAGUGUAUCAAACUGAAGCUGUCCAUGGCUCCCUCCUUAGUCCCCUGGAGCCUCCCUGCUGGGAGCCAGUCGCAGGUGCGGCUGAGCCAGGCGCAGCUGUUGGGAUGACGUGCUCCCCGCAUGGUCCUCAUGAGCAGAGCAGGAAGCAGAAGGCACAGCAAGGAGAGGCGUGACAGCAGGGGAGAGCGCCUGGGGAUGGGGCACGCAGGGAGGUCCUUCCAGACGGCAGGAGCUGCCCCCAGGGACUCCAGGAGACGGUUUUUGGCCAGCAUCACCUCAUGCUGCGUGCACAUCACCACCCUGGGAGUUGAUGGGGAGAUUGAACUGUUCUGGGUCACGUCAGAGCGUAGGAUCUGUCCUCUGCGGUCCGGCCUGCACCCCAGGAAGGCUGAGCCAGAGCGGAUGGCAGUGCCCCACUGGAGUGCAUCCCCAUGAUGCCAGGUGCGUGCGAAGUGGGGGCCCAGCGGAGCAGUGAGGCACCUGCCAGGCCAGAGACCAGAAGGGAGUAAUCCCCCCACCCCACAACCAGAGGGGAAGAGACUCCCAAACCCAAGGAAGGGAGCACUAGGGGAAAUGGCUAUGCAUUGGCUGGGUCUGUGCCAGUACGCUGGCUGGCGGGGGGAGAUGGAACUUGUGCCUGCUGCAGGCCCCAGCCCACUCUGCCAGAACCCAUCCCGCAGCCUGCACCCCCCGGGGCCACCUUCUCCCUGGUGGCUGGGCUGGGCAGGUGCAGCCUGAUCGACGCGGGGGCGGGGAGGGGGGUUGAAGGGCUCAGGUAACUGUUCUGUUGUGGGCUGGGAUCAGACUCAGGUGUGAGGUGGGGGAGGGAAGCCUGAGGAAGUGGAAAAACGCUUUCCUGUCCUGCCCCCAGGCUUUAGCUCAGCCACCACCCCCCCCGACCCCCAGGUCUUUGCACUUAGGGGGGUUGUGGGGUGGUGUGACGAAGCGGGACGGUUCUUAAUGUUUCCUCUGAAUAGUGUGGGGGUGCCUCAGUUUCCCCUAGGCAGUUCUUAAGUAUCUAGGGAGUGGGAUAAGGGUGUAUGAUCAUUGCAGAGUCCUAGAGGGCAGGUGGGUGCAGGGGUCUGGACACAGAGAAUGGCCGACACCCUGUUUCCUGGCAACUGAUGGCCUGGGCCCUUCCCCCUGCAAGGUGAGAGCUAAAGGUUGGAGAACAAAGGAAUCCGGUGACCUCCUGGCCCUGGAAAGGAACAAAGCCCAGAGGAGGAGGGGCUGGAGGGAGUUUCAGUUUGGGGCUGUGUGACGAAGUGGGACUGUUCUUAAUGUUUCCUCUGAAUAGUGUGGGGGUGCCUCAGUUUCCCCUAGGCAGUUCUUAAGUAUCUAGGGGGUGGGGUAAGGGUGUAUGAUCAUUGCAGAGCCCUAGAGGGCAUGUGUGUGCAGGAGUCUGGACACAGAGAAUGGCCGACACCCUGUUUCCUGGCAACUAAUGGCCUGGGCCCUUCCCCCCCUGCAAGGUGAGAGCUGAAGGGUUGGAGAACAAAGGAAUCAGGUGACCACCUGGCCCGGGAAAGGAACAAAGCCCAGAGGAGGAGGGGCUGGAGGGGGUUUUCAGUUUGGGGCUGGCUGGGACAUGGAGUGAAGUGCAGACGUGGUUGUCUGGCUCACUGCCCCCCAAAAUGGACCCAGCUGAGGGGUCCCGUUCUCUGCACCUGCAAGCUCUGUUUUAGACCAUGUUCCUGUCGUCUAAUAAACCUUCUGUUUUACUGGCUGGCUGAGAGUCACGUCUGACUGCGAAGUUGGGGUGCAGGACCCUCUGGCUUCCCCAGGAGCCCCGCCUGAGCGGACUCGCUGUGGGAAGCGCACGGAGGGGCAGAGGAUGCUGAAUGCUCCGAGGUCAGACCCAGGAAGGUGGAAGCUGUGUGAGCUGCGUGUCCUGAAGACAGGCUGCUCACAGAAAGGCGACUGCCCCAGAGUCCUGACUGGCUUCAUGGGGAGCAGUUCCAGAGCAUCGCCCAGGGACUCCGUGACAACUGGUGGCAGCGGUGGGAUGUACUGCACCCCGUGGAUGGUGCUUCCUGCAGUAAGUGACUGGGGAGCAGUAACACGAAGGGGGGAUUGCCGAGGACCAGGCCUGCUGAAGGCUCAGAGAGGAGCGGUUUCGGGGGGCGGUUAACCCCUGGGAGUGUGUGACCAGCGAGAAGGACUGUGCAGUAACAGGGUUCCCCUGGGGAUUGCAGCGAGCAGUCCAAGGGGCGGAGGAGUCUGCAGCUCGACCCUGGCAAAGAGGUGGUGACCUCGAGAAGGGCUGACACACUAGGGGUUCUCCCUGGAAACCGUGGGGAGCUGAGAACACACGGGCCUGUGAGUCCACAACAACUUGGGAGGAGCGGAGUGAUGGCCUGUCACCGUCUCCUUAAGAAGGACAUUGUAACCCUGUGCAAAAAGAGAGGGUUGAGCAUUGGAAAGUUCACCAAAGCAGAGUUAAUCGUGCAGCUGGAGGAGGAUGACCGCUCUAAGGAACAGAUUCCUGACCCCAACUGGGGCUAUAGCAGGAUCUGGGAGCAGCUGAAGCGGGAGCCAGGCAUCGCCAAGACUCCUGUCCCCGACCAGACGGGGGUCUUCACGAUCGGGUUCCCCAUUGGGGGAUCAAGACGGACGGGAUUGGAGCUGAGUCUGAGAGAGCAAGAGGACUGUGAGAGACAGCGAGAGCCCGAGAAAGAGCUGCAGAAGCAGCAGCAGCAUGAACUGGCGGUGGGGGAGCGGAGAGGCCUAGGGGACCUCCCCGGGGUGAGUGGGGAUAGACCCCGGGGGGCCAGUUCCGCAGGGAACCUCGAGACUAAAUUGCUGCCCCUGGUUAAGGGGGGGGUGUGUGUGGAUGCCACCUCACUGCCUUUGAGCAGGCUGGAGAUUUGAACCAAGGGGACCCUGCGGAAAAGCCCCGGUGUCUAGCUCCCUUGCUGGGUCCCAAGGCCACAGACUCCGUCAGCCAGAUGGUUGGGGAUGUGGACAGGCUCCCACUCCUGACCCCAACCUAUAUGUCUGUGUGGAGUUUCCUGGGGCCAGGCCCCCCGGACCUCCAGUGGGAGCAGAAGGUGAUGGUCAAUGGGGAGACAUUCUUGGGGUGGCCAAAGGGCAUGGGCUGCAUAAACCUUCCCACAUGCGGCCUGCGAGUGCUAUCGACCACCCCUGACCUAAGGGAGGGCGUGAAACUGGAAGGGCCUGGUGUAACUCCUACCAAGGAAUGGGAGAGAUGCUGGGGCAUCCAUGGGAACGUUGGUGGCUUCGAACUUCCCCAGGUCACCGGCUAAAGUGACCCCGCUCAGUUCGAUCUCGAAGGGGGGAGAGAUGUGACGAAGUGGGACUGUUCUUAAUGUUUCCUCUGAAUAGUGUGGGGGUGCCUCAGUUUCCCCUAGGCAGUUCUUAAGUAUCUAGGGGGUGGGGUAAGGGUGUAUGAUCAUUGCAGAGCCCUAGAGGGCAUGUGUGUGCAGGAGUCUGGACACAGAGAAUGGCCGACACCCUGUUUCCUGGCAACUAAUGGCCUGGGCCCUUCCCCCCCUGCAAGGUGAGAGCUGAAGGGUUGGAGAACAAAGGAAUCAGGUGACCACCUGGCCCGGGAAAGGAACAAAGCCCAGAGGAGGAGGGGCUGGAGGGGGUUUUCAGUUUGGGGCUGGCUGGGACAUGGAGUGAAGUGCAGACGUGGUUGUCUGGCUCACUGCCCCCCAAAAUGGACCCAGCUGAGGGGUCCCGUUCUCUGCACCUGCAAGCUCUGUUUUAGACCAUGUUCCUGUCGUCUAAUAAACCUUCUGUUUUACUGGCUGGCUGAGAGUCACGUCUGACUGCGAAGUUGGGGUGCAGGACCCUCUGGCUUCCCCAGGAGCCCCGCCUGAGCGGACUCGCUGUGGGAAGCGCACGGAGGGGCAGAGGAUGCUGAAUGCUCCGAGGUCAGACCCAGGAAGGUGGAAGCUGUGUGAGCUGCGUGUCCUGAAGACAGGCUGCUCACAGAAAGGCGACUGCCCCAGAGUCCUGACUGGCUUCAUGGGGAGCAGUUCCAGAGCAUCGCCCAGGGACUCCGUGACAGGCUGGUUGGAGACAUGGAGUGAAGGUUGUCUGGUUGUCUGGCUCACUGCCCCCCAAAAUGGACCCAGCUGAGGGGUCCUGUUCUCUGCACCUGCAAGCUCUGUGUUAGACCAUGUUCCUGUCGUCUAAUAAACCUCUGUUUUCCUGGC